AUGGCUCUGAAGAGCGUCUUCGUCAUUAAAAUAGCGGCGUCUGGACCAAAUGUAUCACCUCACAGCGUCAAGCUCACCGUGACCUUCGUCGUCAGAACCAGCAGCGGUGUGAUCAACUUCCAUACCUGCUUAUCCGUACCCUGGUCGAUGUCUUUCCUCCGCUGCUUAAGGUCUCGGAUUCCACGCUUGAGAUUGCGCUUCUUUCCAAUUCCCUUAUGA